AUGAAUGAGAAUUGGGAUGAUGAUGUGAGGGCGGACAUGAGUGAUGCUUUGGACGGGAUGGUGAAAGAAGAUAAAGCCGGAAAAGGAAUCUACAGGCACGAUGCAGAGGGGAGCGAUGAUAUGCCAGCACAUAUCAAGUCGUCUCUGAUAGGCGCGAGCGUGAGCGUACCAAUAUCGAAUGGAAAACUCGCCACAGGGACCUGGCAGGGCAUCUGGUUUCUGGAAUUUCGGAAUAUGAAGCAGAAGAGGAAGGUCCUGGCUACGAUACAAGGGGAGAAGAUGUGA